AAUAUUCCGUGGCAUGUUUGGCAUAUUGACGUGGAAGUGACAGUGAUGUGAGUUUGAAAAUAGUAUAAGUAGUGAUUUCUCAAAUAAGUAAAAUCUACUAAUUAUGUUAUUAGAUGAUAAAGUUUCUCAUAAAAUAAAACAUUCGUAAAAUGCAUAGUCAACCUAAAUCCAAAAAUCCAUGGAAUAAGAAUAUUCAAAAUCCACCAAGAAAAAAUCAAAAUAAAAAUUUGCCGACACCUGGUGAAGUUAAAUUUAAGGAAGCUCAUGCGAAAUUACAAGCGGCCGUGCAAAAACAUAUUACCGAAUAUGAAUCUUCAUCAGAUGAAGAAGAAUUGCUAUCGGAGACGUUAAUAGAUUCUAUUUUGAAAAACUACAGAAGUAAUAAUGGAGAGGAUGAUAACAUAAAUAAGACGCAAACAUUUUUACAGGAAACAUUUUUGUCUGGAACAUCAACUUGUUUAAUUUGUAUUUCUAGAGUUAGAAAAGAAGAUCAGAUAUGGAAUUGUGUCAACUGUUAUGGUUAUUUCCACCUUAUGUGUGUUCAGAGAUGGUCAAAAGACACAAUAACGCAACUAAAAAAUGCCAAUCAAGAACAAAUUAUCGUUAGACAGUACAAAAUAUGUUGGUGUUGUCCAAAAUGUCGUCAUGAAUACGAAACUACAGACAUUCCUACAAAAUAUUUGUGUUUCUGUACCAAAGUUGAAAAUCCAAAGUACGACCCAUACAUUGCUCCUCAUUCUUGUGGUCAGAUUUGCAAAAAACCUUUAAAACCAAAAUGUGGACAUCAAUGCUUACUUCUUUGUCAUCCAGGACCUUGUCCACCUUGUCCUGUAACAGUUAACAUAUCAUGUUAUUGCGGAUCACAACCUCCAAGAAGUCAGAGAUGUAGUAGAAAAGAAUGGUCUUGUAAUAAUGUUUGUGGCAAACCACUAUCCUGCAAUAAACAUUCUUGUCCGAACCUUUGUCACCCAGGUGAAUGUUUACCUUGUCCGAAGAAGAGUAUACAAAAGUGCAUUUGUAAAUCUCAACAAAAGCUUCGUGAAUGUGCAAGUCCUGUUUGGCAAUGUGAUAAGGUUUGUAAUAAGCCUUUGGAAUGUGGACAUCACAACUGUCAGGAAGUAUGCCAUAUUGGCGUUUGCGAUAUAUGUCCUUUAACAAAAGGACGAACUUGUCCUUGUGGUAAAACAUCGUACCAGCUUCCUUGCACCCAAGAAACACCGACGUGUCCAGAUACAUGUGAUAAAAUCUUAGAUUGUGGAAUGCACACUUGUAAUUUGAAAUGCCACAAGGAAAAAUGUGGAAUGUGCCUUGAAACCGUAGAAAAAUAUUGUAGAUGUGGACAGCACAUGAAAGAAAUUCAAUGUUACAAACCGUAUUUGUGCGAAGUUAAAUGUAAGCAAAUGAAGGAUUGUUAUAAACAUCCAUGUAAUAGAAAAUGCUGCGACGGCAAUUGUCCACCAUGCGAAAAACCUUGCGGAAGAACCUUAAACUGCGGUAACCAUAAAUGUAUCUCGAUAUGUCACAGAGGUCCUUGUUAUCCUUGUAACCAAACCGAAGAUGUAUCUUGUAGAUGCGGAGCCACCAAAAUUGCUGUACCCUGUGGACGUAAAAGUAAAACAAAACCUCCAAAGUGCUCCGAAUUAUGUUUGAUUCCGCCUGACUGCCAUCACGAAAAACGAGAUUUGCACAGAUGUCAUUUUGGAGAUUGUCCUCCUUGCAGGCAGAUAUGUAAUAAAGUCCAUGACAAGUGUUCCCAUGUGUGUCCUGCACCUUGUCACUCCGCAGUUCUUGUUAAAAUUGAAGGACAAAAGGCUUCGAUGCCUUGGGAGCAAGUAAAGCCGCAAGUAGUGAGGAAACAGUUGCCAUGUCCCGACUGUGUUGUCAAGGUUCCUGUAACUUGUCUAGGUGAACAUGAAACCACGGAUUGGCCUUGUCAUUUGGCGAAACCUUCAAGUUGUCAUCGUCCUUGCGGUAGGAUUCUAGAUUGUAGUAAUCACAUAUGCAACUUACAAUGUCAUAUAGUUGAAGGAGCUACUGACAGAAUUCAGGCUGGAAUCAACUGUGAACAAUGCGAAGGUAGUUGCGAUAAAGAUCGCCCUGAAGGUUGUACACAUACGUGCCCUAAACCUUGUCAUCCUGGAGGCUGUCCUCCUUGUAAAGUAAUGAGUAGAAUCAAGUGUUAUUGUGGCCUUAAUCAACUAUACGUUUCUUGUGCCGAUUGGUUGAACGUAGACAAGAAAGCAGAAUUACAAACGUGCGGCAAUCAAUGUCCGAAAAGUUAUGAAUGUGGACACAGAUGCAAAGCGAAUUGUCACCCUGGACCUUGUCCGAACCCCGAUCAAUGCAAAAAGAAAGUGAAAGUGACUUGUAAGUGCAAAAGGAUCAAAAAGGAAUUUUCUUGUGAAACCGUUCGAAAAAACGAGGCUUUUGUACCUUGCGAUGAAGUAUGUGAAAUUAAGAAAGAGGAAAAUAAAAAAUUGAAGGCUGCAGCUGAAGAACAAAAGAGACUAGAAGAGGAAGCAAGAAAUAAGAAAGAAUUAGAAAAGUAUCAGAAAAUGUUUGAAGGAAAGAAGAAAAAUAGGGAGAGGAGACGGUAUGAAGAUGAAGUCGAGGAUGGUAUUUUGAAAAAAUAUUGGUAUAUUAUAGUGUCUAUUUUGUUUAUUAUUAUAUCUGUAUUAUUUUAUUCCAUUUUAAUGUGAAUAUAGAUAUAAUCGUAGAAAAGUCGAUUAUAAUUACACACAACCUCAUUGCUAAUUAAUUAAAACGAAAAUAAAAAUUCUAUUGAA